AUGGCUCUCAGUUUCUUUGGUGGCGGCGGCAGCGCCAGUUACGCGAAAUACUUCGAUAUCCGCCUCGAUGAAGAUUACAUUGUGUUCCGCGGAGGCGAGGAAGAAGCCGCCAGUGCUCAUCUGAGCGGGAAGCUCAUCCUCUGCCUGUCAGAACCCUUGUCCAUCAAGCACAUCAGACUACACCUCACGGGUAUUUCCCGGGUUUGCUGGCAUUUGCCCUCCAGUACCGCCGGUGGCGGGAGGAAGUCGUGGAGAGAACGUGUGUUCUACGAGAAAACCUGGCGAUUCAGAGAUGCUGGUAAAAGCAAGACUGAGGUCCUGCCGGCCGGCAACUACGAGUACCCCUUCAACAUCGUCCUUGAGGGCUCCAUGCCGGAGAGCGUGGAGGGUCUCACCGACACCUACGUGACCUACCGUUUCAAGGCGGAGAUUGGACGCAAGUAUGCCAAGGAUAUCAUCGUUCGCCGGCCGCUUCGUAUCAUCCGAACUCUGGAGCCCAGCGCUCUUGAACUUGCGCACGCUAUGUCCGUGGAAAACGUCUGGCCAAACAAGAUUGAAUACUCCAUCAGCACGCCAACCAAAGCGGUUGUCUUUGGCACCUGUCUUCGGGUGGAUUUCAAGUUGAUUCCUCUACUAAAGGGACUCAGAAUUGGGCAGAUCGUCUCCCAGCUGAUCGAAAGCCACGACCUUACCCUCAACCCCGAAGAUCCCGAUUCCAUUCGCAACACAUACAAAAGCACAAGGACCAUCUUGAAUGAUGAGCAUGAUCUAGAUGAGGACAAUGGGUUGGAAAUUAUUGAUGAAAUGGCCGAGGGCUACCAAUUCACGCGGCACCUGGAGCUACCUAAAACCUUGACCCGAUGCUUGCAGGACACCGACACCAGGGGCAUCAAGAUCCGUCAUAAGCUCAAGUUCCGGGUUCAGCUACUCAACCCCGAUGGGCACGUUAGUGAGCUUCGGGCCACCCUUCCUGUCUCAAUCUUCAUCUCUCCUACCCUUGCGAUUGAUGAGAACAACAACCUGGUCGACCAAACCCCCCAGUCCACGCAAAGAGCGGUCGACGAUCUGGCUCAUCAAGCUCCCCCCUUGUACGGCGAGCACCAGUUCGAUCAGCUGUACAGUCAGCUUGAUCCCUCUGGAUACCGGACCCCUGGGCCUGGAAGCGGCGGUGCUGGCACUCCUUUCGGAACUCUGAGUCGCAAUAUGUCGUCUGAGAACCUUGCUUCCAUGAAUGCCCUGACGAACACGGACAUCUCCGCAUCUGCCUUGCACAGCCGUCUAUCGAGUCUCCGCGCGAACGGACACAGCUACCCCGCCUCACCUACCGAGCAUGAACACCCCGAACUCGACACUCGUCGCCUGAACCCUCCUCCCGACUAUUUCGCUGGAGCGGCAUCCGGCUCCAAUUCGCAUAGCCCUACGAGCCCAGAGCUCUCUCGCCGUCCCUCGGAUGAGCACGAGCACGACCACGACUACAUCCACUCCGGCAUGGCCACGCCGUAUCACCCUCAAUAUGCCGAGGUCGAGACCCUCAGUCGUGUUCCGAGUUACUCUACUGCCGUUCGCACUACUGUUCGCCCUUGCGACUCUGAUCUGCCGGAUUACUCGACUGUCAUCGCCGAGGAUGUCGUCAUCUCCGCCCCUCAGUCGCCCCAGCAGGCAUACCUCCGCACUGCCAAUGCGGGCCGGGGGUCUUCAUAUUUCACAGCCAUUGAUGCGCUUCACAGUCGGUCUGGACUCCUCAACCCUCGCCCCACCAGUCACGACGACGAAGACCGUCGACUGCGUCUCGUUCAAGCUCGGGCCAGGGUCUAA